ACAGGGGAGUACGCCACUGAUGAGGAGGAGGAGGAUGAGGAGGCAGGGCCAGCUGCGGACAGGGCCAGAGACGGGGAGGGCGACGGCGAGAAGAGCAUUGAGGUGUUCGAUUUGCCAGAAGCGGAUGACAUCAUUUCCCCCUCAGAGUUGGAUGCCACCAAACUCUACCAGAAGUUCAGAGAGCUGCAGAUCAAGCACACUGUCACCGAGGCAGAGAUACAGAAGCUCAAAAACAAGCUAGCAGCGGUGGACAGGGAGAAGGCACGCUGGGAGAAGGAGAAGAGCCAGCUGAAGGCCAGCAUGGAAGAGAACAAGGAGAGGAUGCUGAAGCUGGAGAGUUACUGGAUCGAGGCCCAGACCCUGUGCCACACGGUCAACGAGCACCUGAAGGAGGCCCAGUGCCAGUACACCACCCUAGAGAAGAAGUACAACAAGGCCAAGAAACUCAUCAAAGAUUUCCAGCAGAAGUGA